AUGAGCUGUUUUCCAUGCUUUUCUUCCCAUGACAAGAAGGCAUCUAAGAAGGGUAAAAAUAGCAAUAGCAGUGGGAGUGGACCGAUUCCCACUGCUGCUCCUCCGCCGCCACGGUCACAACCACAGCCUGAGAAUCCUGGAAAGAUCCCAACUGAAGCAACAAACAAUAAGGGUGUAAACAAUAAGCCUACAACUGGAGAAGGUGACAACAAAAAUAUUGCAGCCCAAACAUUCACUUUCCGAGAGCUGGCAACAGCUACAAAGAAUUUCAGGCAGGAAUGUCUAGUUGGUGAAGGUGGAUUUGGACGAGUUUAUAAGGGUCGAUUUGAAAAAACUGGCCAGGUUGUAGCAGUGAAGCAACUUGAUCGCAAUGGAUUGCAAGGAAACAGGGAGUUUCUUGUAGAGGUUUUGAUGCUGAGCCUCCUGCACCACCCAAAUCUGGUAAAUCUUAUUGGAUAUUGUGCUGAUGGAGAUCAAAGACUUCUGGUAUAUGAGUAUAUGCCAUUGGGAUCUUUGGAAGACCAUCUACUUGAUCCUCCAUCAGAUCAAGCACCAUUAGACUGGUCAACAAGGAUGAAAAUAGCUUUACAUGCUGCCAGAGGUCUAGAAUAUCUACAUGAUAAGGCCAACCCACCUGUUAUAUAUCGUGACUUAAAAUCCUCCAACAUUUUGUUGGACAAGGAGUUUAACGCAAAGCUUUCUGAUUUUGGUCUGGCCAAGCUUGGACCUACUGGGGAUAAUUCACACGUCUCUUCAAGGGUGAUGGGAACAUAUGGCUACUGUGCCCCAGAAUACCAAAGAAGCGGACAACUAACUGUGAAGUCGGAUGUAUAUAGUUUUGGUGUUGUUUUACUUGAGUUGAUUACAGGACGCAGAGCCAUCGAUACCACAAGGAGAAAUGAAGAACAAAAUCUACUGUCCUGGAACCAAUAUUCAAGGAACCAAGUAGGUUCUCAGAACUGGCUGAUCCAAUUCUUCAAGGAGACUUUGAAUCAAAAAGUUUGAAUCAGGCAGUUGCUGUUGCAGCCAUGUGUCUGCAGGAGGACGCAUCAGUCCGGCCCCUGAUCGGAGAUGUGGUCAACGUUCUCAGUUUCCUUUCGGUAGAACCAGGCAGUACUGGAUUGGGUUCAUCUAUCUCUGCUGCUCCUCCACCAUCAGAUCAUGACAUAGGUUCCAGGACAGCUGAAAAUCAACAUAGUGAAGAUAGUGCAAAUGCACGCCAAAAAGCAGUAGCAGAAGCCAUGGAAUGGGGUUCCAAUUCAAGACACCUCCACAACAUAUCACAGGCCUCGAGUGUUGGUUCAACGUGACAUCCACCUAUUACCAGUAGAUAGUAUUUGUAUUUUAUCAAUCACGCGGCUUCAAUUCUGGAAAGAUGUUUUCAUAAAUUAGUUACACUGGAAGAGCAAUAGCAGCAUUGAAUUAUGAAGC